GCUCAAGCGACACAGAACGCACUUGGAGUGGCAAAUAACAUCUCCUGAAAAGGACAAGAUCAACCUACUUGAAUAAAUCAAAAUCAGACAACAUAAUCCAACCGAAAUGGACACCAUGCACGAAAUCAUCCCUUUCGCCAAGGAGAUGCUGGCGCAGAAGCCCAGCCGCCGCAUGCUGAAGGUGUACCUGGUGGGCUCCGUGGUGGCCUUCUUGGGAACGGUUCUGGGCCUGGUGGAAACCGUCUGCCAGCCCUUCUCCUCCGGGGAGCCGCUGGACGCAGAGCUGGCUCUGCUGAUAGCCCGGGAGCAGAAGACACUGGAGGCGGAGGAGAGAAGGCGACAGGAGGAGGUAGCAACACUUUCAGCCACCGAGCAGAUCACCAUUCCCAAGAAGCUGCAACAGGCGACGGGGGCGCAGAGAUGCGCAUGUGCUGUCAACCGACUGCACGCAUCGUAAAGAGCGUCCCAGAGCCAGCGCCAAAACACUGUUACAUAUUUAAAAGGAACUGUAUAAGUCCUUGCCACGCCAAAUACGGUGCGCUACACACGCACUCGAAAUAGCUUCACAAGACGAAUGAAUGGCAACCUCAAGCAGUCAACAGAAAAGUGGUCUGACUGUCUGUGUUUAACUGCGCUUCGCUGCGCUGCUUUGGGUAGCCCACCUUGACGCGUCAAGUGGAAUCCCCCAAGCUGAAGUUUGAGUCCGGGUUCGCAGGAAGGCAAAAGAUCCGCUGUCAGACUUACUGUCGGCUAGUGAGAGAUAGCAGGGCCGCUGCUGUGCAGUCAAUGACCUGUCUCAUUCUGCACUUCUCUCAAGUUGCCCAGGUUCCAUCCCAUGGUGCCAAAAGAGUUACAUUUUUGAAUGAGAUUUUUAAAAGUGCUAAUUUGUCAAUGCUGUAAAUAUAUUAGAUGUUUUGCUACUCAAUAAAUUCAUAUUUUUAUUCA